AUGGCUCUCAAUACGCCGCAAACAAUUCAAGACGCGUUGCACCGAUCAUCAGACUUCGUCGUAAACGAGGAGGAAAUGAAAAACUUGGACGAGCAGUACGAAGCCACGAAAGCAGCAAUCCGAAGCUCAAUUGUGCCACGCCCAGCGAAGAAGGGCAAUCCAUCAAGCAACGCGGCAACGCAGAGUUCGGAAGAGCCUAGGAGCGGAGGUGCCCAUAACUACCAGGUCAGCUCCGGACGCGGAAGAGGAGAGCCGCGCAACAAUACUUGGGUAAGAAAGUCAGCCAACUAUGACGAAAAGGCUUUCUGCGAGUAUCACCAGACCUACGGACACUCAACGGCUCAAUGCCGGACUCUGGGAGCAAAGCUCGCAGCAAAAAUGGCAGCAGGAGAGCUCCAAAACGCGGUCAGCCUCAAGGACCUCGUCCCUAACGAACAACAGGAAAAAGCCGAGCCGAACGUUGCGGCGGAACCAGCGAAUCCUCCCCGACGAGGCGACAACCCCAAGCGCGACAGGCGAGGCGAACCUGAAGAGCGACCCGAGCCGAGGCAAAGGAUCAAUAUGAUCAUGGGUGGAUCCCAGUACUAUCAAGAUACCGUUUCCUCAAUCAAAGCCUAUCAGCGCCGAGCCGAAGCAAAGGAGAAUUGGACAGAGCCGACCGACAUCCCAAACACGGUGAUCUCUUUUGCCGAGGAGGAAACAGCAGGAAUCGAUCGACCUCACAACGAUCCAUUAGUAGUUGAGCUAACGAUCAGGGAUCAUGACGUAGCAAGGGUGCUCAUCGAUACUGGAAGCUCGGUGAAUGUCGUCUUCAGGGAAACGCUCAGAAGAAUGGGAAUCGACCUCUCCGAGGUGGAGGCAAUCCCCAAACCUCUAACCGGAUUUUCGGGAGAAACGACGAUGACUAUGGGAACGAUCAGGCUUCCUGUGGUAGCUGGUCGUCGAGUUUUGCGUCACUGA